AUGCGCUUCAGCUGCUGGAAGCUUAUCCUCUUCUUCGACCUGCUGCUUCCUAUGGUGGCAGGCCAAAGCUUUCGCUACACAACUGGUGCUAAAGCUGGAAGCUGUGAUGGCAAUACAGCCAAGCUGGACGCCUGGAUUGGAGAAUCGAAGAUCUUAACCAACGCUGCAAAGAAGGCUAUCGACAGUGUCAGUACCAACGUUGUGGCUCAGAAGCUGUUCACCUCGUGGUUCAAGAUCGACUUUGUGCAGAAGUCCACCGGUGCUGUGCCCACGACGGAAUCAAACCAGGCCUGGCAGCGUGUUAAGCUGACCUUCGAAACGCUCUAUGACUUCCUCGUGAGAGACAGAGGAUACCCCGGCAUGCAGGAUCCCCCCACUAUCUACUGUGAUGGCACCUUUGCUCAACUCGUCGGUUGGAAUUCUGCUGCGCUGGACAGCGAAGGCAACUUCAUCCCCGAAUAUAUCGGAAACAAGCCUACUGGACGGUUUCUAAAGGUCCGAGAUAUCUAUGAUUACGUCAAAUCUUCCAUGCCCGACGUCAACCCGUAUUGGGUCAAUGAUGAGAGAGGGUACAUGUUUGAGUAUGAACACGAUGCCGAUCUGUGCAGGUCAGACGCACUGGCAUACACUAUCGCUGGCUAUCGUGGCCGUGAGUACAUUCGCCCGGGCGUCCUUCCGAACAAAACUCCCUUCCGAGACGUCAUCUUGAUCUGCGAGUCCUUGUUCACCGGAACACAGAGCGGCACUACCGAGCUGGGUAAGAAUGACGGUGCCUAUCGGGAUCCCACAAAGAGCGCCUUUGAUAUCGCCGAGGCCUUUUCGGACAGUGCCACCUUCUUCCACGAAUUGGUUCACCUUGUCACGGCCCAUUUGACCUACGAUCCGUUCAACCCUGGUCGUUUGGACCCAAGAUCUAUGUACAUCAACGACUUUGCAUACGAACACGUGGACGCCCUCAAUCUCGAUCGUAACCAUGCUGCUGACAACGCCCAAAGUUACGCCUUUUUCGCUUUGGCCUAUUGGUACUACAUCAACAACUGGGGAAGUAAUGUGAAGCCAAUCACGUUUUACUCUGGCACUGCAACAUUCUGGGACUGGCCCAACUAG